UGCAGCCACAUGGAACACCACCCAACUGACAUCAAUGUCUACACACAUAAGGUAUUUGCCCACUGCAAACAGCUGCUGCUGUGGUUGCCAGCAAAAGAUGUUUCGGAUAUCACAGAGGCUCUACAUGCGUUUGACCAACUGCUGUUGAAUGUUGCCAGUUUACAAUUCCACCAACCACAAUGGACAGCAUUUUUGUCAGAAAUGCAAGGAUAUUUCUUCUUUUUCUGUGGCUGUUUGUUAUUUAAGAGAUCCCUUAAGGGUCAAUCAACUUGGAAAGAAAUUGAAGGUGCUGCAACUCUGUGUUACCUGGCCAGCGUAAGCUACCGUCCUAUCGAUAAACACUCUGACUUGUACCUGCAGGGGGACUUGACAAACAGGCUGUUUGUGAAGUACCUGCAUAAGAUGGGCUGUUACCGGUUAUCACAAGUUGGCCAUGUACUGUGUGAUGUUGUUAAGAAGCAUUCUUCCAACUGGAUCUACGACCUCACAGUGCGCUGCUGCACGCCCCAAUGCAAGGAGCAGUUGUAUGACUUGGUGUUCACAUUCCGUGACAUGCGCAGGGGAAGAGGCAAGUCCUUCCUGCUGUCCGAAAACGCUUUCAACAAUGUCACUUCAACUAUUCCUACAAAGUCAGAUCUUGCAGAGUACGAUCAAGUCUCGGUCCUUCUUAACUCAACUGAUCUCAAUAGCAUCAUCUGGUUGUGUCUCCAUUAUUACAAUGCAACCAAGGAUGAAGCUCAGCCUAACUAUAACUUUUCCCUGUUUGACAAUCUACCCUACUCCAGUAGCUCCUUGUCCAGUGGAUUAAACCUGGGUGUCGAAUCACUUUGUCAGCUUGAUACUGAGGUGUUCCUCAUAGCUGUUGUAUAUUCUGCUGGUCGGCUACUGCAGCAGGUGCGACAGGAACCAUCCCGACCUCAGCUGUUACCAAAGGUUUUAUGUCGGCAGUUCUGUACCCCAGAGCAAGCUGAAUGGUGGCAGCUGGCGUGUAAAUUUAGAGAGAAGCUUGAACUUGAUAACUUCACCAAGCUACGUCUGAUCCUGAUGAGAGGUUUGGAUACUGUUCGUCUGACUGAGGGCCAUGGCAUGUCUGCCUCUCUUAUCCUCCAUGUGGCACGGACCUUACAGAACAAGGUAAUAUGA